GGCAUGUCAUCUGUGAAGUCUGGGAAACUCGGCGAACGACAUCUGACAGAAAUGAAGCCCUUAGAUCAGGCCAUAAAACUAGCGGAAAUUCUGUCUUGACAACACUGGAAAUGAGAUAUCCUGGCCUGGAAGGAUCUUUGGAUCAUGAAUGUUGAUGUGGGUUGAAGGAAGAACAUUAAAGACUCCUGUGAUAUAAAUGGAACAAGGGUUGUUUAGGAGGUGUUCUUGGAGACAUAUUGGUGCUUUGAAAGUUCUUUUCAAAGUAUAGUGAAUGCUAUAAAGGAAGAUGGGAGCAAAGAUGUUGCCAGAUUUGAAUGGAUGCGUUGCUUAAUUAAACGUGUCGCUGUCAUCUAAUGGGUAGUUACAAUGCAAAACCAAGCACAUCAGAUGAGAAAGAUCACAGCGUUCAACCAACGACCACUUCCAAGCAAACUGAUUUUAACAACUCGCAUCCAUUCACAAUCGAGGACACCUCGGACACCGACGGGGACGAGACUCUCUCAAAGAACUCAAUAAAGAAAUCCCCGUCACCGCCACCGGUAGUAAAACAGAUCCCAAAAUCGAGUGAGGCGGUGAUGCAGGAUGAACAACGCCAGCGAGAGUUGGCACAAGAAAGACACAGAGAAGAGACAAGGGCGCCCUCAAGUAGCUCGGGAGAGUCAGCCUCACCAUAUGGACUGUACAACCCUCUGGCAGCAUCGAAUGGAGGUCGGCCCUACCCUCCUGCAUCGGCCUCCCCUGCUGUAACGGGCAGUGGCAUGAACCCAGGAUCGUUACCUCUGCUCCAGUACCCUGGUCAGUCGGCCCCACCUUUGGUGGCCAUCAAUCCCACUUCCUCGGCCGUCUUUGCACCCUAUCCAAGCGCAUUCACGUCUCCCGCUGCAGCCGUGUACACGGCGGGCUUGCAUAGCAGCGCAGCCAAUCCCAGACCUUACCAUGGCAUAGAGUCUUAUUCAGCGAUGCUUGCUAGUAUGGGCAGUCAGGCGCAGCAGCAUCUCCAGGGACACCUCAUUCCAGCACCUUCCUACUUCCAGGGUGGCUACAUCCCUGCACAGUACAACCCUCUAUCGCCCCUGAUGGCCGGGGUGAUACCGGCCUCCAAGGGCAUGUUCCCUGAGGGGAGCUACCUGCCAGCUGCAGUAGGUCCACACGUCUUGACAGGCAUCCUUCCCAGUGGCCACCUGGUUCCUCCUCCUACAGGGCAGCACCCGGAAGCUCCUGGUGAGGAUCGGGGUAGGUCCAGCCCCGAGGAGCACUACUCUGCAUCCUCAAGGUACCUCGAAGUACGAGAGCAACAGAUCCUCGAGAGCAGACGAUUGGCUGAGAUGCAGCAGUUGUCUCCCGGCAGUCAGGUGCAUCGCAGCAUCCCUGAGGCCAGAGUGUCGCCCUUUCAACAGGUCUCCCCCGUAGCAUACAGAGUGGCCAUGCCAGAAGCAGUUGAACGACUCGAGUCAAAAGGAUCCAGCCCAGGAUCUCUCCAAGCUAAGUCAGUGCACAUUUCAUCAUCAAAGGAUGUGAUGCUUCACUGUUCAACCCCCAAGCAAGUUCUAGGAGGCGGUGACGUGGACUCUUCCCGGCAGGUGCAGCUGGCUCUGCUUCCAAACACCUUCUACUGUGGCUCGGUACCGGGACAGGCCAUGGUGGCUACCACAGAGGGUACCAUCCGCGUGGAGCUUCCACCGCCAACCGUCGGAAUAAACAUUGGCCCCAAACACGGGCAGCCGAUGCCCAACCCUGGCAUCCCCAUGUCAUCGUUACCCAUCACAUCGUCCAACAGCGGAGGCAGCAUCUUCACCUUCCCUGGUAGCAGCGGUGGCCUUCCACCGCUGACCAGUAUGCCCUCCACCAUUGCCGCAGCGCCAACGGCGGUGCCCUACCAGGCGGCAACCUCCUCCAGGCACCAUUCACCCACAUACUCCGCCACGGUGGCAGGCCUACAGUCAUGGCACCUCACCCCGCAGGUGCGCCCGACGCCAUCGGUCAGGUUCCAGAGUCCAAGCCACAGUCCCGGCAUGGUAGCAGGGCCACACCAAGAUGGAGAUCAACCUAUGUCAGGAGCUACUGAUGUUCAUCACCACCAUCCUCCCGGGCACGCAGAGACCACUAGGACUUCCCCUAGCACCCAGCACCACCCCUCUCCCCAUCAGCUGCAUCCCCACCACCCCCACCACCACCACCACCCUCAUCACCACCACCAUCAGCGCCACCCCAAGGGGGGUAACCCCGCACCCACUGCUUCCCCCGUUUCAGGUCCUCCUCCCCUUCACCAACCCACGAACACCCUGCCAUCUUACUUCACCCGCGGUUCCAUCAUCCAGCUGGCUAACUCGGUGCUGAAGCGGGUGGAGGACCUGACCACAGAUGACUUUGUGCAGAGUGCCGGGAGCACCGAGGGCCUCAAGAUUGACUCCAGUACGGUUCUGAGGAUAGACGAGGAGCCGCACCGGGGUCUGGCGCUCAUUGGCUUCCUGGUUGGUGAACACAAAGCUCAGGUAACUGUGGAAGCACCCUACGAGCACCCAUUUUUUGUUUUCGGUCAAGGCUGGUCUUCAGUCAGGCCAGAGCUAUCACUAAAAUGCUACGGCUUGCAAUGCCACACCCUUGCGGUUGGAGAUGUGUGCGUAUCAUUGACUGUCAUAGAGAAUGGUAAGCAGGGACUUAAAGAGGACUCAGAGGCAGAGAAGCAUCACGCCAGGAUGCAGGUCCAGGGCAUGUCCAGUCCUGAGAUGAAGCGUAGGCGGAUGGAAGAGAAGCUCCAGAAGCCUGGAGACCAUCACCACCAUGCACCUCCUCCUGUGCAAGGCCUCACACCCAGUGGCAGCAGUCACUCCUCUCCCUCUCCCGGUCAACAGCAGCAGAUGGAACACCAAGUCCACCCUGGUGGGGGUCCCUACGAGGUCCCUGAUCAUGGUAUCGACAAGAACUCCAACAUCGUCCCUGACAAGCCCUUAGAGAUGCCCCAUAUGAAGCUGAUGCGACCACCCAAGAGGCGGUGGUCGGACCCUAUCAAGGCCAACCAAGAAGCAGCAGCUGCAGCAGCAGCGGCAGCAGCAGCGGAGAAGCAUCAUGGUCAGCAGCAUCCUGUGGCACCAGAAACCUUAGGGAAAGUGCAGCAGCAACAGCCGCAGUAGACACUUUGUAGGAACUGUCAUUUCAUUCCUUGAGUUUCUGCUUGCAACCAAGUCGGCUUAACACAAGAGGCUAGUACAGAUUGCUGUCAAGGUCAGGCAGCAAGAGCAGAUGCUGUGAGAUUGUGUCAUCCGUCAUCCAAAGCUUACCCAGAUGCAGAGCUCCAGGAAUAACUAGUGUCCACAGCAGCAGGUGGUAGGCAAGGUGAUGGUUAAAUGUUAAAUGCUCUAGAAAGUGUCCUGGUUUCUGUUCAUUCCAAUCUUUCCCUGUCUGUCAGCAGGUUUCUUCAAUAGAUAGCUGUUCAACAUUUUAACGGCUUCAUCAGGAAAGAUACCUCGAUGGUGAGACGUCAUUCCAUUAUCCCAUCUUAUCUUCACAAAGGGGCGGGGCUUUACAGCAUCAUCAUCAUCAUCAUCAUCACCAUGUCAACAGGGGUAUCUGCAAGCAUCUACAUGGAAACGAUGGCAUCAGAGGCAUCCUUCGGUCAAGGAGUUCAACAAGCUUUUUUUUUUCAAGUUGGGGGAAAUAUGUGCAAGAGUGAGGUGGCUGGAAUAGGGAAGCAUGGAUGUGACUCCAAUAUUUGGUGUGUUUACAUGUAACAGAAUGUGUGAUUGACAAGAGUUCAUUCCAAGUUUUUUGUGUAUUUUUGAGGUUUUCAGUAUCUUCCUGUACCACUUUUCCUUUGGUCGGAGAACCCAAGCUGGUCGAAAAGUGGAAGGGAAGUGAAGAAUGACGUGGAUGUAAAGUUGGGUUUAUACAAACAAUGUUUUAUACGAAUCGGAAAGUAGCUUCAUGUAGUGUCUUUUAUAAUUCAUUCCAUACUGGGUUUCUAUUUUCAAGGAUGUAUUCUUUUGUACAAUGCAGGGUUCCUUAAACAGUCAAGCACUUGCCUUAUGGGCUCGGGCUAACAAAUAAUGUUGGCCAUUCGAUAGCCCAAGCAGAAAAUAUCUAUCCGUCGGUUCAUUCCUCAUCUUAGUUUUGAAGUUGGAAACUGGUUACACAAAAAUCUUACCCAUUUGAAAAUGUGUAUGAAGCUAUAAUGGUACUAUCUCAAAUGGGCUAAAUUUAGAGUUUUGCUUAGACAAUACACUAAGCACAAAAUAGUGACAAACAUGCAAUGGAAAAAGCCCUUUCUUAGUACCGUUAUUGGUGUUUAGUUGGAAGAAAGGUGAAUAAUCAAAAUUUCAUUUACACCAAACAAUAUGACAUCUUUACAAAACAUGGAAUUUAAUUUUUUUCUUCAAAGAAAGCGAUUUACAUAGAGAGAUGAAAUGAUUGAAUUAUUCUAUGAGAGGUAAUGAGACUCGAGGACUCGUAUGAAAAAGACUUCUUUCCUCAAAUUUUUCUCUUUCACAAGUCAAAUAAGAAAUGGAGCUUUUUCUAAUUUGUCAAUUUACAUGCCCUUCUUUUGUCAUACAUGUACAUGGAAAAAGAUGUAAAAAAGCGAAAAGGUACAAUCUAGAAUAUACUUUUUCCAUUUUAUGGCAUCUUGUUGAAAUUUUAAACAAAAUAUCAAAGAGAUAGAUGUUGGUGGGGAAAAGUCUAUCAGCACAAUAGAAAUAGCAUUUCAAAAGUUUUGUAAGAAGGAAAAUCAUGAAGAAAAAUUUAUUCAUAUUCAUUUGAUAUAUCUUACAAGUACUGGAUCGGCAGAUUUUUAAAUAACUUUUUCUCUUCAUCCUCAAAUUUUUGAAUUUCUGGAAUGAUCUUUAUAUCGAUAGCCCAUCUCUUUGAGCCCAAGUUUUUGAGAGUUAUGUAACUGGAGGGAGAAGUAGGAACAUCACCAAGAAAGAAAAGAAUAAAAUGUGACACAUGGGAAACUAACCGAGGAUUCAUCAAUCGAAAAAACAAACGUAAAGGAACUUGUAACGUAUGAGACGGGAAAAUUAAUACUCACGCAAUGCUGCAUAAGUAAAUUAAAACAUUUCAAAUACAAUUAUUGUUAGGCUGUAUUCUAUAUUCUACAAUAACAGAUUCAGGAAUGUAGAACGUAUUGGCAAAAGUCAAGUUGAAAAUUCAUCCUUCUUGUGCAUUUUUUCAAUGAAGGAGAAGCAUACAUGCACAGGAAGGAUGACUUUUUACGAAUGUUUAUCUAAUUCUUCCAAAGAAUUGAUAAUGAGAUGCAAGUCGAACGACAGAUGUGUGUGAUCCUGACGCCUUACUGGGGUAUAUUUUCUAGGCCCAGGGUCACUUAUGCAAAGUGUUUUAAUACAGAUGUAUUGGAGAUUGUAAAUGAGAGGAUUUUUAUACUGAGCUUCAGGCGUGAUUGUGUAUUACAUCUUAGACGAGUGGGAGACGAUGAACAGCAGAAAACAAUCAAUCAAAUGAUAUCAAUAUAUCAGUUUAUUAUGUAUAUUACUCAUUUUUAUUAAACACAAACCUGGACCCAACACCAGUAGGAAAUCGUUGCUAGAUAUAUAUAAUGACUUGUGAGGAGGGAGAUAGAGUGACAGAUAAAGGAGGAGGAGGCAUUGGAAACUUCCAUAUGGUAUAUAAAUCGCCCUUCCUUUUAUUGCAUUUUAUGCAACACAUGGGGGUAACAAACUUUAUUUUCAUAUGCUAACCCACCCUAUCCCCAACAUUAAAUUUUGUUUGUUUUUUGGUCCAUUUACAGUUACAGAGAUUUUAAGCAGGGUUUUUAGUUUAAAGCAGAGCGGCUAAAAUUCUGAUUUAUUUGCCAUGUAGUGUAAACAUUUCUGCAGGAAAAGUAUUUAACUGUGCCAACAAAACUUAAUGAAAGAAGGCACUUGCUAUUUCUGUUCAUAAACAUAGAUAAUUGAUUAUAAUGGGGAUAUAAGAAAUGAAGAUGAUAUUGACAACAGUGGCAACAAAGGAAACUGGUACCAUAUAUCUUUUAUUUUGUCCAAUAUCUAAAAUCUUAAAGAUUCAUACCAGGUUUUGCUAACAGCCUAUCAUUCUCUCCUUUGACUUUACUCCCAUACUAUAAAAAGAAAUAAUUUUGGGUCUGAUCCAAAAUAUACAAUAUGGAUUUUUUUUCUUUUUCAUGCCAGAUAUGUACGCCCAAUUGGCCUGGGAGUAGGGAUAAUUGGCUUCAAAACAGACAUGGGGAAACACCUCUGGGACUAGUUGUUAGUUCCAAUGUACCAGGUGUUUAAACUGUUUUCAGAAACGCCCCUCCCUUAUUGCCAAACCAGUCUCUCCCCCUCGAAAAAAAUCUGUGAAACUGUGACUUUGUACCAAUACCACCUUAAAGCUAUUUACAUUUUCCUCCCUACGAUGAUAGCUACUUUUACAAAAGUCAAUUUGGGGGUAAUACAGAAGUAAUAUUUUUAUCUCCAGCUAGUGGUGCGGGAAGGAAGGCUUGCCUGUGGGCUCAGGAGUUUAUUGGAGGGGUGUGACAGAGAGGAGUAAUAUGGAAAUACUCUGGUAUGUAGUUGUGGAAACAAAUUUCAGGCUGUAGGAAUAGAUAGAGGUGUAUAUGGAAUGCAUUUCCGUUGCAAACUGGUAUAAAGCAAUGGGUUACUGAAAGGGUAGGGUAGUAGUGGUCUUUGGACUACCAUUAGAUGAUCCUUUGUUGUUCUAAACACUUAAUUGGUUUGCUUUAGCAGUACAUAAUUACACUAGCUAAUCUAUUACCAAGGUCCCUCUGAUAGGACCUUCAGGCUGUUUGCCAAUGCAGACCACCUUUCUGAGAAACCAAACAACAUUUUUCAUCAUGGUGACUUUAGCACCGUAUGAAGGCACAGGUACACAUGUAGAAAAAUUAGGGCUUGUGUUCCUUCUGUCAAUAAUCGUCAAAUUAGCUCUAUCUAUUCACGUUUCCCUUGCUCUGUUCUGUUGUUAAAAAGACAAUUGGAGAUCAGAUAUCUCAAGCGACGCGGAAAGCUCGAACAAACGCUGCUAGUGUUGGGUCCAGGCCAUAUCAGAAUCUAAUCGUGAAUGUUUUGUUGGAUAAAAAAAAAAAAGAAUGAAUAAUCGAUGUCGAUGACGGGUUCGGAAAAAAUUGAGAAGUGACCUUAUUGGCCUCUUGCUGUUCAAACUUACGACAGUUACCUCAGCUCGGGCGAUGUGGUGUUUUCAAUAAAAAGUGUGAUGACUUAACUAAGGGGCAAGUGUGUGAUUAUGAUAUGCAAAAUGGAGUUUUUAUCUGAAAAAAAGACUGUUUUCCUACUUAUACUAUAUAUCUCAUCAGCACUAUAAGAUAUCUCAUUUUCUACCAAUGAACUGUUUCAGAAAUGAAUAUGAACUACACAAAAAAUGUUUCGUUUCUGGAGGGACAACCUCUGUUUUGGAGCAUUAUUGUUGAAAGUUGUACGAAAAAAAAGCCUAAAUGGAGUUUUGUGAUACAUGUUAUGCUUUUAUGAAAGUGGAUGUCAAUGUAUAUUGUACAUUAAGAAUCACUCUUUAAGUUGUGGUGGAGUCUAUGAUGGUAUUUAUUUCAAAUUUCUAUAAUAUCUAUGGCUAUUCUUUUAGAAUAUGAUUUUUCUUCUUCUUGCAUUUGAAUAUGUAUCUGGCACAAAGUUAAAGGCGUAGGAUAAAGAGCUUAUCCUAAGGAUCUGCCAUCUAGAAAAUUAUGGUUUUGUCAAAACUUACAAAUGGAAAUGUUGUUUGGGUAAAACAAUGUAAUGUGUACAUAUAUAUAGAAUAUUAUCAAAAUUAUGAUUGUGUUGAAAAAUGUUAGGGAUAUUGCUACUCACAGAGUAGGUAUAGACAUCAGGUAAUGCCGGUUAAUGAUUAGAUGCUUUAUACGACAAAUUGUUCUGGGCCCCGUUUUAUAACAGUUGCGAUUAAUAGCAACUUAUUUGCGAUUUAAAUAAAUCGCAAAUAUGUACAUAUGAAAGAGAUAGGGGACUACAAACUUGCGAUUGUUGAGAGGGCUUGCGAUUGAUAUGGAUCGAUCGUAACUCUUCAUAAGACGCGACCCUGGUUUAAACUUGUUGAUAGAGAGAGAGAGAGUUCUUGCACUGUAAAUAAGAGAACACAAACCUGGUAUUCCUGUGUUUGCAUGUUUUAUGAGUAACACUGUGACUAUAUAUAUAAUGCUUAUAUUAUAUAAAUAUAAACUUAUGAAUAUAUUGCUAGUACAAACUGUAAAAUUAUGUGUGUAAAUACUAUAUCGACAUUGCAUGUGUGUGCAUUUGUGUAUUUUAAAAAAAAAUCAAUGGUUGUCUAUUGUUAUAUUAAAAAAGGGGAUGCUGAGAAAUGUAAUGUUUGUGGUUGCCCUGGUAACAGUUUAACAGGAGCAACGUGUGCUUUCAAGCAUAGGGAAAUGAUUUGUGGAGACUGCUUGGAAAGAAGUAGGACAAAUAAUGAAGUAGAAAAUGUGAAUGCGAAUGUGAAUGCAUGCUUUUAAAGUGUCAGUUCAAGACAAGAUUUGGAAUGAUUAUUUUAUGGUUGAUUAUCAGAGAAGCUGUUUAUGCUUGUAACUUAAUCCGCGUGUUUUCACAGGAGACCUUAUAAAACUUGAAUUUAUCUUUCUUUCCAAAAUAAAAAAAAAGUUCAGAAACCGGGAAAAAUGAAUGUUUCACCUCUGGAUAUAGGUCCCAUAAACUGUGUACUGGUGACAACAUAAAUGUUUUGUGGCAUAUUUCUAUACAUGUGCAUACAU